AUGGAUGAGGAGUUACCAGAUGGGGUUGUCUUCAAAGACCACGACUUCUCCUCUGACUUGUUGAGACAGCUCAAUGGCUUAAGGCAAAGCAAGAUCCUGACUGAUGUGAGCAUCUGCUCUGGAGCCUGGGAGGUCCCUUGCCACCGCAAUGUGCUGGCCUCCAGCAGCCCCUACUUCAAGGCCAUGUUCUGCAGCCACUUCCGGGAGAGCAGAGAGGCCAAAGUACAGUUGAAAGGCAUCAAUGCCACCACCCUAGAGCAGGUCAUCACGUACGCGUACACGGGAGAGGUGCACAUCUCAGCGGCCAAUGUCCUCCCACUGAUGGAGGCGGCUGCCAUGCUGCAGUACCCCAGGGUGUUUGAGGCCUGCUCAUCAUACCUGCAGAGUCAGCUGGCCCCCAACAACUGCCUGGGUCUGGUCAGACUCGCAGAAAUCUUAAGCUGUGAAAGCCUGAAGAAGAAAGCCAGGGAGGUAGCCCUGACUCGCUUCCCAGAGGUGGCGGCAUCGGCUGACCUGAAGGAACUCUGUGCUGUGGAGUUGAGAGGCUACCUAGGAGAUGACAGGCUCUGUGGAGAGGAGGAGACGGUGUUCGAGGCCCUCAUGGCUUGGGUCAAGCAUGACCUCAAGGCCCGGUGGCAGUACCUGCAGGAGCUGCUGCAGCAGGUCCGCCUGCAGUACAUCCACCCAGCCUUCUUCCACCAUUUCAUUGCCAACGACGCCCUCCUCCAGUCCUCGCCCGCAUGCCAGGCCAUCCUGGAGGUGGCCGGGAGGCAGAUCUUCUCCUCAUAUGGUCCCAGUGCCCAGGACUGCAAACUCCUGUGGCAUAUCCCCCCAAGGAGCUCCUACCAAGACUUCCUCCUCCUCCUGGGAGGGCGGAAGGACAACCAGCAGACCACCAGGGAUGUCUUGCUCUACAGCCUACAGACUGGCCGGUGGCAGAGCCUGGCCAAACUCCCCACGCGGCUGUACAAGGCCUCCGCUGUCACCUUGCACCGCAGUGUGUAUGUGCUCGGGGGCAUGGCUGUCAGUGAGGGCAAGAGUCUCCUCAGCCGCAGAGUCUAUAUCUUCUCUUUGAAACUCAACCAGUGGAGGCUGGGGGAGCCCAUGCUGGCAGCCCGCUACUCCCACAGGAGCACCAGCCACAGGAACUUCAUCUUCUCCAUUGGGGGCACUGGAGAAGGGCAGGAGCUCCUGGGGUCCAUGGAGAGGUAUGACAGCAUCCGUGACGUUUGGGAGAGCAUGGCUGACAUGCCGGUGGCCGUGCUCCACCCUGCUGUUGCAGUGAAGGACCAAAGGCUCUAUCUUUUUGGGGGUGAGGACAUCAUGCAGAACCCUGUGCGCCUUAUCCAGGUGUACCACAUUUCCAGAAACACGUGGUUCAAGAUGGAGACAAGGAUGAUAAAGAACGUGUGUGCCCCCGCCGUGGUGCUGGGGGAGAGGAUUGUCAUUGUGGGAGGCUACACAAGGAGGAUUCUUGCUUACGACCCUCGGUCCAACAAAUUUGUCAAAUGUGCAGACAUGAAAGACCGGAGGAUGCACCAUGGGGCCACAGUGAUGGGCAACAAGCUGUAUGUGACAGGUGGGCGGAGACUGACCACAGACUGCAACAUUGAGGACUCCGCCUCCUUUGACUGCUAUGACCCUGAGACGGACACCUGGACAUCCCAGGGACAGCUACCUCACAGACUCUUUGACCAUGCCUGCCUGACACUCCAGUGCAUACCCCACAUGGCCAGCCUCACAUGAAGGCCACAAGAACCUAUCUUGGUCAAAACACUGUGUGACACAAGAGAUUGGAACCCAGUUCCAAAGGCGUAGAGUUGAAGGAAGUCAAAACUUCCACUCUCUACACAGUAGUCUUUUUUUAAAAAAAAAUGCCAGUGGGUGCUUUUUUAAUUCCAUCCCUAUCUCUUGAACCAAUGCCAGAAAUUGCGCUAUUAUAACUGGGUAGGUCUGCAUC